AUUUAUUUAUUUAUUUAUUAAAUAACUUAAAUUUCUUCGUCAAACUCGUACGUACGGAUAUUCCGGUGAAUCGAAACCUCGUUGGUUUCUGUCGCACACCUGACACCACCUUCGGAUCUCACAUCACACCACACAAACGCAUUCUUCCCUUCCUUUCAUUUCAAUUUUCUCUUCCAAGUCGUUUCCUUCUUAUUGAAAUCCCCAUUUUUCAUUCUAGUUUGUCUUUGAUCCCAAUUUGAUGCUAUGAAGAAGAAGCUCGAUACCCGUUUUCCUGCUGCGUUGGGAUUGCUAUCAUUGCGGUUGCUGCUGCCGUUGCGGCUUGAAUUUUUAUUGCACGGCUCGGAUAAAGAAGAUAAUGCAAGCGGACGAGGACGUUGGAAAGAUAGCACUAGCAGUCCCUGUUUUAGUUUCAAAAGCCUUGGAAUUAUUUCUGCAAGAUCUUUGUGACCGCACUUAUGAAAUAACUCUACAGAGAGGAGCAAAGACCAUGAAUGCAUUGCAUUUGAAACAUUGUGUACAAAGUUACAACGUCUUCGACUUUUUAAGAGACAUCGUCAGCAGGGUUCCUGACUACGGGCACGGCCAUGGCCAUCCUGAGACUGGAGCUGAUGACCGCACCCUUCCGAAGAGAAGGAAACCUGCUGCCGACGAUUGCAAUGACAGCGAUGAAGAGACUAAGCGGAGUAAAAUGCUAGAGUUGGGCCACACCGGCGGAACUGGUAGGGGAAGAGGGAGAGGUAGAGGAAGAGGCCGCGGUCGAGGAGCUCGAACCGCAGAGAAAGAGACCUUACAUCAGCAGGUUGAAUCUGAACCUUGCACCUCUAUUCAUCAAAGUAGCAAAGAAGCCCCUGAUACAAAUAUGGCAAUCGAUAACGGUCCGGAACCAAAGGAGUUAUCAAAGGAAAACAUUUCAGUUCACGACGAAAGCACUCGAUCUUUCCGAAACAUCGAUUUAAAUGCCAAUAUACAAGAAAACGAGGACAGAGAGAAUACAAGCACGGCCACUCCUCAGGCCUCGUUGCCUGAACCCGCUGCAAUAACGGAUAUGCAACAUGAAGAAAUUCCAGGUUGGUCCCUUGCUGAUGUCGACAAGAUGGCGAUCGACACGUUACAGCUCGCAGCGAAUCUCGGUAAUAGACUAGACGAGGAGGAGGAAGAUUAUGAUGAGGAGGAAGGGUAAUAGAUUAAAGUGGAAAACCCUUUUUUUGUAAUCUGGUAUAUCAAUGAUCUUGUGUAGCAAAUGUAGUUUUUUUCUUCUUCUUGUUAUUAGUAAUGUUAGUUUCAUGCACUUUUUAGGAUUUAAAAGGAUGUUGUUGUAGGUUACAUCAACUUUGGUAGUUGAGGAUUAUAAAUUUCUUGAUAAAGCUUGAUUACAAGAUGAUUUCA